AUGAGCACCACUGGGUACCAGCAGCAGCAGGGGGGUGUUCGGACACGCCGAGGGCCAGUCAAGGAGAGGGAUCCUGGGCAGGGUGUGGGCAUGGAGGCGGCCUGCUGGCUGGCCCCUGGAGCCCUGCGCAGGCUGAUUGAGCUGCCCACUCCCCCGCUCGACCGCCAACAGCUGAAGAGACUGGAGGAACACAGGUACUGUCAUAGUAAAACCUAAGAUCAAUCAUAUCCUUAUUUAGCUUUGACGUGAUGAUCACACAGUAUGUGUUUUGUACUUAGUGUUACAUCAAACACUUUAGGAUGAAAAAUGCUUCAAUUGUGUUAAAUCUGGUUGAUUGAUUCUAGUUCCUACUGUCUCGUUAUGGGGUCCUGGUUCCCUCUCUACAGGUACAGCAGUACAGGUCGCUCCCUGCUGGAGCCUCUGAUGCAGCGUUACUGGGAGUGGCUGGUGGGCCGUGUGCCCGCCUGGAUCGCCCCCAACCUCAUCACCAUCGUGGGUCUGGCCACCAACGUAUUCACCACCCUGGUGCUGGUCUACUACUGUCCCACCGCCACUGAACAGGUAACAAUGGCAACAAUACAGCACCUAUUCAGGUAGGGUGUAUGUCAGCAUUUCCCAAACACAGUCCUCGGGACCCCAAGGGGUGCACGUUUUGGUUUUUGCCCUAACACUGCACAGCUGAUUCAAAUUAUCAAAGCUUGAUGAUUAGUUGAUUAUUUGAAUCAGCUGUGUAGUGCUAGGGCAAAAACCUUGGGGUCCAGAGGACCGAGUUGUACGUACUAUUGUCCUGCCCCACAGCCACUGAACAGGUUGGUUAUACACUGCCUGGCUUAGUGCCAUUGGACAGGUAUGGUUGGAGGGUUCAAGUAAAGUGCUACCGUAUUGUAUUUACCUGUCCGGGUAGACUGAAAUAAAGUUGUCAUUGUAGACAGUCAGAUGAUUGAACAGUGCAGCUACAGUGUUGCUCAGAUGUUUGAAAACACCUUUUAUGUUGAUCUCUAAAGCUACAAACAAACAUUCAAUACAACAUUACCAGGGGUUCAUACUUCCUAUAACAUAUGCAUUGUUUUUUUUACUCUAGCAAGCAUUCUCCCUUCCAUCAGUUAUUUUGUCUCAAGGUUCUGUGAAUGUGUUUUCUGUUAGCAAUGGUUUCUAUGGUCAGUUUGUCUGGCUGUUUGUUUGUUUACCAUCUCUGUGCUGUUGAGAGUUUGGAAUAGCUCAGGCUUUCUGUUCUGGAUGAACAUCCCGUGCCCAUAGCUCUCAGGUUACAGCUAGUCUGCACCUGAUACCCAGGCCCCAUUCCCCUUCCCCGGCACACACACCACAGCACUGCAGAGAUGAGUGCACACUAAGGACUGGGAAUAGAGAGGAGACAGCAAAACAUGCAAACUGUUAAGCUUAGUCGUUUCCAUCUAGAACUGAAAACCUACGAUAACUUUGUCUUUCCAUAAGGGAAUUUAAUUUAUGAUAUCAGACUUUAAUGUACAUACAAUUAGAUUACAUUCAAACUAAGAGGCAUACAAAACAGCCUAAUGCGAUAUAAUGCAUUUUGUUUGUCUAUAGAUGCGGUAAGAGUCAAUGGACGUUCUAUUGACCAGAUUGGCGUACAUUCAACAAAUAUGAUCUAACAAAGUGGGUAUUCGUCAAACCCGUCAUGAUUUAUGUAUUGUAACAGGCCCACAAUGUGGUUAUUUAAGUCCGAUUUGGCUGUUUUCGCUGCAUAACAUGUAGAAGUUGUCCCCUUUUCAGGUUUAGAAGAAGUGACUGCUAAAUGCUAAUUCCCCUUUGUAUAAGCUGGUAGCAUAGCUAGCAUACAGAAAUCGGUGGUGGUAGUCAGUAGUUAAUUGUAAUGCAGUUGAUUUAAUGACCAUGACAUGAACAUCUGUUGGGGUUGACAUCCAUACAAGCUUUAUACUCUGAUUUCUACCUCAACAUAGUAUAAAAUGCACACAUAAACAAUAUCCUAAACGCAGGCCCAUUUUGCUGGGGGGUAAUGGGGAGAUUUGGGAUCUUUCCCCCACGGCCCUUUCCCCCAAGCGUUUCCAUGGCAAUUCCAUUGUUUUGGUCGAGUUUAAUUGACCUCUUUACCGCAUCUAUAAACCACCAUGUGCGUUGUUUGUUCAGCUCUGGCUGUUUUCCUACAAGUCCACAACACCAGUGUAUGAGGGAAAUUCCAUGGUAACAGAAUGAUGCUGAGACUCAGCUUUUUCACUUUAAAAUGUAAGCCAAACAAAAACCAAUGAUUGCAAAGUUAAACAAACCAUGCAACUCUAUGCACAAGAACUACUAGUAAACAAUUUCCACUGAACAUUUUACAAAAACGCAUUUACUUGAAGAAUAGUGCAGAUGCAAAGUUUGGUAACAGAAUGACGGCACAAACAUAUCACAUUCAUUCUGUUACCGUGGAAUUGCACAUGAGCCAAGUGUAUGAGGCUCACAAAAACAGACUUAGUCACUGUAAACAUUAACUUAUAUAAUCUACUUAUUUGUUAUAGAAGCCGGUCUAACCAUGGAAGAAAACAACAUGUUUAUUAUCCCUACAAUUCCAGCUAGCAGCUGACUGCAUAUUUAACCGUUUGAAUUUAAUCCACAAAUAACUUUGAAAAGUAGAUCAAGCAUUAUCCGCAAGGCAAAACAACAUGUUCUCAUCUUAGGAGUCUCUUUAAUGCAGGUGUUCUUUCAUCCUGGCCCUGGGACCCACAGGGGGUGCAGGCUUCUGUUCCAGCCCAGCAGUAUCAAACUUUAUUGAAUUAAUCAAGGGCUUGAUAAUUAGUUGAUUAGUUGAAUCCAGUGUGUUAGUGCUGGGCUGGAACAAAAGCCUGUACCCCCUGUGGGUCUCCAGGAGGCAGAUUUGAAGAGCACUGCUGUGUCACCUGACUUCCCCUGUGCUGCUAAACAGGCCACAGCUUCAACUGUCGGCAACUAAAAGGUGGGUUAGAGUAGUUGUAAUUCGGAAGAUCUACAGGAUUUGAUGACGAGCGUGACUUGUUUUCCCCUUCUUUAAAUAGAGCUCUGUCUCUGAAGUUCUCUACCCUCUCCUCUGUUUCCUUUGUAGGACAAAGGUUGAGAAAUCACUCUGCGCGCAUAUUUGCUCACAAUGUGGAGCAAUGGAGGAGGGCAAAACAGAGAAUGUCAUUUGCUGGACUCGCUAGACUAGAGAGAAUUCAGUUGAGUUUAUCACAGUGAAAACAAGCUGGGUAUGGUACUAGUUCUGGAGGGAGAAUCUCUAUGUCACAAUGCCUUUUAUAAUAUCCAUACUCAUUGUUGUAAGCAACACCUGACAUAACGGGUGAUAAUUAUGUUAACAGGUUGGAGGUGUGAUAGUUAAAGUGCUAAAACAUUAGUGGCAGCACUGUUUCAUAGCCCAGAGAAGUUGGUAUUUACUUAACAUGCUGGACUAGUCAGUGUCCUGUUUCUGAUGGCCCAGGUCAGGAGUGUUUAAGACAACCUGCCCCGUGGGUGUAUUAGUGUUUUAUGAGUAAACAGUGCAGCUGAUACAGGGUGUUCUCCGGGCUGAGUUUGUCACUGUGUCGUGUUUGAACAGAAAGUACACUUGCUCUAGGGCCUCUUAGUUUCACAGCCCUGAAUGAUUGAAUGAUUAUUCAAUUCAUAAUCAUAUGUUCACUGAGAACACAGAGGCAGUCAGCAGAUAUUUCCACCCUGCUCUACUUUUCAACAUCCCCAUGCCAACCCCUUGGCACUAAAAGCCAAGUCCUCUUUCAUAACCCCCUUACUUCUCUCCCACUCCCCAAAUCCCUGUUUUUGGCCCUUGGGCCUGAAUUAAUAAAAAGCUUAAUGUGUGAGGCUAUGAGCUGCUCUGCAAUAACAGGGUUAUUUAUAUGAAUGCCAUUUUGGCAAGCCUCUAAGUUGUAGGCCAGGACGUGCCAUAUUCCUUGGUUUGGUUGGUGUAUAAACUGCUGUCAGCUCAUCGUAGACCCAGUGAGAAGGGACAGGAAAUGAUGGCAUGCAACACUGAUGACGCUGUGAAACUCUCUCCAUGCUGGUUGACUAAUGAAGGACAAAGCCCUGCUCUGUUCCAAAACUAUUUAGAGGGAAACAAACCACACAUCAACCUCUUUUACUCAAGUUCAAACAUCUCUCCUUUGUGUAGCAGUAGCCUAUAGCUGCCAGAAGAUCACGUUUUAUGUCAGAUGAGGCUCUAUUUAUGAUAAUACCCACUGAUUCUCUAAGAACACAACUUAUAAAUGCCUUGUGAGAUUACCCUAUCAUAACCCAAAAAUAAAUCCAUUGGGAGGAAGGAAGGUAUUUUUUAAAGUGUUCAUUAAGUCACCCAAUUUGGUGUCGUCCUUUUUCUUCAGGCACCUCUGUGGGCAUAUCUGCUGUGUGCGGUGGGCCUGUUUGUGUACCAAUCAUUGGAUGCCAUUGAUGGGAAGCAGGCCAGACGAACUAAUAGCAGCUCUCCGCUGGGUGAACUGUUUGACCACGGCUGUGACUCCCUCUCCACAGGUACAGCUGCCCCUCUGUGUGUGUGUGUGUGUUCCAUAUAAGUUUGUUUGCCUUAUUAGGAUUUAAUUGACUCUGUUUCCAUUUCCUCUCUCUCUCACUCUCUCUCUCAGUGUUUGUGGUCCUGGGCACCAGUAUAGCAGUGCAGCUGGGCACCAACCCUGACUGGAUGUUUUUCUGCUGUUUCGCUGGCAUGUUCAUGUUCUACUGUGCCCAUUGGCAGACCUAUGUCUCCGGCACCCUGCGCUUCGGCAUGUGAGUGUGUCUGCAUUUAUAGAAGAGUGAGUUGGCAACAGUGGGAGUGGGGAGGAGGGAGAAGAGUGGGUUUAGAGAAGUAGAGUGAUGCUGGUAGUAGGUGAGGGAGUGGAUAUGGGGAAUUAAGGGAGAGGUAAGUGAUGGGUUAGAAGGAAUGGCGAAGGAUAGGAUCUACCCUGCAUGUUCUAGUGUAGCUAAGAGCGUCAGGUGUUCUCAAGGGCAUUCCCAGAUUGUGGGUCAAAGAGUGGUCCCCCAUGGCCUCAGCUGGAUAGUUAGGCUACUUACUAGUUGGCUACUUACUUACUAGUUGGCUACUUACUAAGCUUUUGUAUAAUUUCAGCCAGUAGUUUUGAAAGUAGUGCUCAUGAGCCAAAAUGGGUCCCCGAAAAUGGUGUACUAUGUCAUCCAUGACGUAGUAUGAUACGUUACGAAUUCCAAUUCGUACAAUAUGUUACGAAUUUGUAAGUGCUUAAGAUCCCGGACUGCAUCUUUAAUGUCUCCAUUGGGGAACACUAUGCUAGUUCCUAAGUAGUCACACUCUAUUGUGUUUAAUGCUGUCUGAACUCAAGUUUACCUUGUGAUCCGAGGUCACAGGAAAAGGUUUCUAAAAUGUGUGUGUGUAAGCAUCCGUAUGAUAAAGUAUUUAGAUCAUUUGUUGUCAAAGUGGAGUGCAUUUUGAAAAAUGUUCUGUGUGUGUAGAUUUGACAUUACAGAGUUACAGAUCUGUCUAGCGCUGUUACAGAUGCUGACAGCCACUGUAGGCCCCUUCCUGUGGAACGUGACGGUAAAUCUCUGACGGACAGCAUCUUGGCCUGACAGAUGUGCAGUGAGCCUCAGCCAAUUAGAUCCCUGCUUCCCCACACACUGACCUCUAGCCACCAGCUAAUGGGAGGGAGGAAAUCUUUGCACUUGUCUGGUCUGAAAACAAACCAUUUCAUGAGUAGAAACGGACCAGAUCCAUGCUACUGAAAGAAUGCCAAAACAUACACUGAGUGUACAAAACAUUAUGAACACCUUCCUAAUACUGAGUUGCACCCCUUUCACUUUUGCCCUCGGAAAAGCCUCAAUUCAUCGGGGCAUGGACUCUACAAGGUGUCGAAUCCGUUCCACAGGGAUGCUGGCCCAUGUUGACUCCAAUGCUUCCCACAAUUGUGUCAAGUUUGCUGGAUGUUCUUUGAGUGGUGGACCAUUCUUGAUACACAUGGGAAACUGUUGAGGGUGAAAAACCCAGCAGUGUUGCAGUUCUUGACACAAACUGGUGUGCCUGGCACCUACUACCAUACCCCGUUCAAAGGCACUUAUAUUUUGUCUUGCCCAUUCACCCUCUGAAUGGCACACAUACACAAUCCAUGUCUCAAGGCUUAUACAUCCUUCUUUAACCUGUCUCCUCCCCUUCAUCUACACUGACUUUGAAGUGGAUUUAUCAAGUGACAUCAAUAAGGGAUCAUAUCUUUCACCUGGAUUCAUCUGGUCAGUCUAUUUUUUAUUUAACCUUCAUCAGGGAAUCAUACUAUGUCAUGGAAAGAGCAGGUGUCCUUAAUGUUUUGUAAACUCAGUGUAUACAGUACAAGUCAAAAGUUUGGAUACACCUACUCAGUCCAGGGUCUUUAUUUAUUUUUACUAUUUUCUACAUUGUAGAAUAAUAGUGAAGACAUCAAAACUAUGAAAUAACACACAUAUGGAAUCAUGUAGUAACCAAAAAAGUGUUAAACAACUCAAAAUAUAUUUGAGAUUCUUCAAAGUAGCCACCCUUUGCCUUGAUGUCAGCUUUGCACACUCUUGGCAUUCUCUCAACCAGCUUCAUGAGGUAGUCACCUGGAAUGCAUUUCAAUUAACAGGUAUGCCUUGUUAAUUUGUGGAAUUUCUUUCCUUCUUAAUGCGUUUGAGCCAAUCAGUUGUGUUGUGACAAGGUAGGGGUGGUAUACAGAAGAUAGCCCUAUUUGGUAAAAGACCAAGUCCAUAUUAUGGCAAGAACAGCUCAAAUAAGCAAAGAGAAACUACAGUCCAUCAUUACUUUAAGACAUGAAGGUCUGUCAAUCCUGAAAAUGUAAAGAACUUUGAAAGUUUCUUCAAGUGCAGUCGCAAAAACCAUCAAGCGCUAUGAUGAAACUGCCUCUCGUGAGGACCGCCACAGGAAAGGAAGACCCAGAGUUACCUCUGCUGCAAAGGGUAAGUUCAUUAGAGUUAACUGCACCUCAGAUUGCAGACCAAAAAUGCUUCACAGAGUUCAAGUAACAGACACAUCUCAACAUCAACUGUUCAGAGGAGACUGCGUGAAUCAGGCCUUCAUGGUCGAAUUGCUGCAAAGAAACGACUACUAAAGGACACCAACAAGAAGAAGAGACUUGCUUGGGCCAAGAAACACAAGCAAUGGACAUUAGACCGGUGGAAAUCUGUCCUUUGGUCUGAUGAGUCCAAAUUUGAGAUUUUUGGUUCCAACCGCUGUGUCUUUGUAAGAUGCAGAGUAGGUGAACGGAUUAUCUCUGCCAGUGUGGUUUCCACCGUGAAGCAUGGAGGAGGAGGUGUGAUGGUGUGGGGGAUCUUUGCUGGUGACACUGUCUGUGAUUUAUUUAGAAUUCAAGGCACACUUAACCAGCAUGGCUACCACAGCGAUACACAAUCCCAUCAUUUGUUUUUCAACAGGACAAUGACCCAACACACCUCCAGGAUGUGUAAGAGCUAUUUUACCAAGAAGGAGAGUGAUGGACUGCUGCAUCAGAUGACCUGGCCUCCACAAUCCCCCGACCUCAACCCAAUUGAGAUGGUUUGGGAUGAGUUGGACCGCAGAGUGAAGGAAAAGCAGCCAACAAGUGCUCAGCAUAUGUGGGAACACCUUCAAAACUGUUGGAAAAGCAUUCCAGGUGAAGCUGGUUGAGAGAAUGCCAAGAGUGUGCAAAGCUGUCAUCAAGGCAAAAGGUGGCUAUUUGAAGAAUCUCAAAUAUAAAAUAUAUUUUGAUUUGUUUAACAAUUUUUUUGGUUACUAUAUGAUUCCAUAUGUGUUAUUUCAUAGUUUUGAUGUCUUCACUAUUAUUAUACAAUGUAGAAAAUAGUAAAAAUAAAGAAAAACCAUUGAAUGAGUAGGUGUGUCCAAACCUUUGACUGGUACUGUAUGUUUGCCAUAAGUGCAUCAUGAUUGACAUCUUUGACUGGGAGAGCUGUGGUUAGUGUUUGGGUGAAGACACUGUAGUGCAGCGCUGUGCUUAUGGACAGUGUUGAUGACUGUUCUGACUAACCUCUUGCUCUCUGCCUGCUCCUCUCAGCAUUGAUGUGACUGAGGUGCAAAUCUUCAUUAUAAUCAUGUAUUUGUUGGCCGCCGUGGGAGGAUCCGCUUUUUGGCAGUCACUGGUAAUUCUGAUUGGCUCAAAUUUCCACUGAUUGCCUUUUGGUAACUGAAAUGAAUGGCAUAACUGAAUGAUGAAACAGUAACACUGGUAAUAUAAUGGUCGCGCUGCCCGCAUUGCUACGUUCUAAUUCUGUGUACAGUGUGAUUCCUUACUAUAUUAAACAGAGUAAUGAAAUUGUUUUUUGAAUGAAAUUAACCAUCUAACAACAAUGUUUAGAGUUGUGAAAUGUACUGAACACUGAUGGUGUUGACUGGUUGUUUGUAAUACAUUUAUAUAUUGCUCUCUCACCUCCACAGAUCCCAGUCAUAAACAUACAGAUGAAAAUAGUUCCAGCCAUCUGCACUUUCUUAGGGGCUAUCUUUUCCUGUACUAAUUACUUCCGGGUUAUAUUUACCGGAGGUGUGGGCAAAAAUGGAUCCACAAUAGCAGUAAGUCUACAAUCGGCUUGUAGCCUUGUCCCUGACCUUCAUAAAGAACUGAAUAGGCCUAAGCAAAAUGGUAGUCCCCACCUUUCCCUCUGAUGGUCUCUGUGUAUUCUUUUGAUGUAUUGCUCACAUCCAUCCAGUCCGUUUUAAGAUCUACAGAAAUGCCUAGGGAGAAUUUCCCCAAAUAAAUGUUUACCAACGGUGACACAAUGUAGUUUACAAUUACUAUGAAGUCUAUGACAAUCUACUUUCUAGGUGAUGAUGCUGGCUUGAUGCCUACAUGCUUGUUUGCCUGUUUCAUCCAUUUGCCAUGAGCUGUCUAUUAUCUUCUGAGGAAAUUAAGGAUGUGUAUUAAGACUGUUGGACCUGAUCUCAAUUCAGUUGGCCGAGCGAUAUGAGUGUUUGUCACUUGGAAAUAUUUAUUUUAGGCGGGGCCACAAUUGUUUUCCUUUGGGGGACUUACUGUAUAUUAUGACUUAACACCUGGUUGUACACACCAGCAUUCCUUACUGUGUGUUUUCUUUCACCUAGCUGCACUCACAUGGCACUCGCAUAUCAUCUAGGCCUAUUAAUAAUGUCCACUGAUUUGGACUCUUCUUUCUCUCUCCUCUCCAGGGAACCAGUGUCCUGUCUCCUGUGUUACAUAUAGGCUCUGUAAUAAUCCUGGCCAUGAUGAUCUAUAAGAAGUCAGCUAUCCAGCUCUUUGAGAAGCACCCCUGUGUUUAUAUCCUGGCCUUUGGCUUCGUGUCGGCCAAGAUCACCAACAAAUUAGUUGUAAGUGUGGUGUGCUGCUUAUUGGUGUAAUGCAAUACCUGUCCACCCUGAACAUUGUUCUGUUGAUGUAAAUGUGCUUGAUGGAAGAAUGUGUAUGAAUUUAAUGAAUGUCAUCAAUGUUAAUGUGCUUGCUGAUUUAAACCACGACUCUUGCCUUUGUCUUGUUUGUUUCAGGUAGCACAUAUGACAAAGAGUGAGAUGCAUCUACAUGAUAUAGCAUUCCUGGGGCCAGGCCUGCUGUUCCUGGACCAGUAUUUCAACAGUUUUAUUGAUGAAUACCUGGUGCUGUGGAUUGCAAUGGUGAGUACACACACACACUUCCAUGGUAUAGAGGUCCAUAGUACCUGAGCAAGGCCAGGGUGAAGUCAUUCCACAACAAUGUAAGAGGGCAUGCAAUCUACAGCAUGUGUUCACAUGAACAUUUAUCUUUUUUAAAUGAACCAUCAGUCAUUUCACAUGCAACACUGACUUACUGUGUGUUUUUCAGAGGCAUGUUUUCAGUCUAAUGCCGCGUUUAUUUGUAACUAAUAGCAAAACCCUUUCAUACUUUGGCAUCAUCCAUCCAUCUACUCACAGGGUCCAUUAUGUACAGUUAUGUCGAUCAAGUUAUCUUGUUUUCUGACUCUUCAUUGUCUCCUCUUCCGCUUUCCGUCUGCAGAUCCUGUCUUUCGUUGACUUGGUGCGUUACUGUGUCAGUGUUUGCAACCAGAUCGCCUCCCAUCUUCACAUCUUUGUCUUCAGAAUCAAGCCACUGACCCCCUCCACCCUUCAGUGA